GUUGGGCUGUUCUCAGACUUUGUUUUAUGUUGAACCCUGAUUUCAUUCCUUUCGACAAAUAUUGCAACAUAUGCUUUGCUUCAAAGCUUGUGCUCUUAUGCUAAGCAGACAAAAUGGCCAGUGAUAGCAACCCGACUAUCAAAGUACUGCUUGUGCCACGGUUUGGCGUGUCUCAAGCAAUUGCUGGGUUGAGGAUUGUUCUGACCAUAGGAUCAGCUCGAGUUGAGGAAGGUUCUGUUCUCGUCACAUCAAGGACUACUGUUAAUCAAAGCUUUAUCCCACGUGGUCAAAUCGAAGCCUCCGACCAAGCAGGAGCGCUUUCUUUGCAGACAAAAAUCUCCACUCAAGAUUCUACCAUCAGCUGGCUUGUGGGUAGAAGCACGUCGGGAGACGUUACGUUGAAAUACCGUACCUUGCCUGUAUCUGAUACAGGAUCAAGUACGAUUUCAAAAGCCACUGGUCUUUAUACAGACCAAAGAGGAUUGAUAGGUUCUGGACUCGCAUUUCUUCCAACGCCUCCAGGCGAUCAAAUAUAUCGCAACAUUGUCGAAUGGGACCUCAGUCAAGCGCCUGCUGGUACUCGUGCAUUAUGGACUUUUGGAGAAGGACCAGCUCCUGUUGGAAGGGUUGGACCAUCCUCAAUAUUGACCGAAUCAGUUUAUAUGGUUGGCGCUAUUCACAGCAAUCCGCCAUCUCCAGCAAUUGGGAGCACCUCGGACUCCUAUGGAUACUACUGGUUUGGAGACCUGCCACCAAACCUAGAAGUAAUCAAAGACAUACAUCAUGCCUUCUUCCUCAAAGUUACGGCGUUCUUCGAGGAAUCUUCUUCAGCAGACAACCCAUAUCGCAGCUUUGUUCUCAAUACAGGAAAAUCAAAAUCGUCUGGAGGAACAUCUUUCCUCCGAAGUCACAUAUUCGCUUACGACGACCAAAUUUCUCAGGCCGAGGACUAUGAUCUGGUCCGUCGCAUGUCCUACGAGAUAUCUCAUCUUUACGUUGGCCCUUCUGUGGCAGCAAAGGACGUGGACUGGCUCUAUGAAGGCAUCAAGAACUGCCUAUCCAUUUACAUGCCUUUCCGUAACGGCUUCCGAACAGGCCACUACUUUCAAUGGACAAUGAGCACGCUCUGUCUUCGGUACUAUACAUCACCUCUGAUCAAUCUUCCUCUUGACGAACUACUCAAAUUAGUCCCGACAAAUGCUUACGCAAGGGAACAAUUGGAAGCACGAGCUUGGUCGUUUGUCGUGGGAACGGACCUGAAAGCAAGGAGAAUGUCCAAGCUUGUCAGACCGAUCGAAGAUCUAGGCAUGAGACCACUGUCGAAGAUGCGAGGGGACGGGAAGCCGCAUGGGAUUGAGCAGUGGAUGGGAAUGUUAGAGCCACUUAUGGGCGAUGAGCUUACGCGGCGGUACGACGAUUUUAUCGCUGGACGGCCAGCACUUCUCGAAGUAGAUUUGUAUCAUGUACGUGGUCCAGGGACACAUUAUCUGAAACAAGUUGAUCAGGAGUUCCUUGAUUUUGGUAUGGACAGAAAGAGCUUUGAAUAUGGUAUCGUGAUGGACUUGAAGAGCGGGAGUCGAGCGGAGGAAGCAGGACUAAGAGAAGGGGACAAGCUCCUGUGGAGUUCACAUCAAUGGAAGUGCGUAGAUCAUUUCGACGCGGAAAUGGAGGUAUCAGUCGAAAGAGACGGCGAUGAAAAGAAGAUCAAGUAUUGGCCAAGGAGUCAUGAAAAGGCAAAGAGCUGGCAGAUGAUCAAAAAGGAUGAAGAGGAGGACUAUGUUCCACCUCCAACAAAGACAUGAACUGAAUUUUCGGCCAUCGGUCAAUUAGAUGCGCAGUCGACACCCCUCUUUUCCCUUCUCCAUACCUCAAAGAGCAAGGGGGUAGAACUUGUUUGUCUGUCAGAUUUUCCAUUCAUCACAUAUCAUGUGAGACCCUGUCACAUCAAACACGCUAAGGACACGCUAAACGCGUUUCCAACAUCUAGUCGGAGUCAGUGCAUCUCUUUUCUCAUGCUCCUAAAAUUAUGAACUUUAUUUCUGCGGUCAACAGUCGGCUUUUGGCUCGGGUAUUCUGGUGAUCAUGGCUUCUGUGUCCGAAGCGGACUCGCUUCGAGCCAAAGGAAACACAUUCUACAAGUCGGGAAAUCUCCUAAAAGCGAUCGAGUUGUAUCA